CAGUAAGCACGUCAGUAAAGUCUGGUGGAAAGUCUGAUUCUGUUAAGGCCCAGCCCCUUCAGCUAUGCGCGGUGACGUCACAACAAGCCGUCCUCCUUUUACCUCUGCUUAGAAGAGUGGAAGUGAAACUUGGAAACAGUGUUUUAAAACGACUCAAAUCGCAUUCCGCUCGUCAGGAGGACAUGGAACCGGCGUCCUGCCGCUUCGCUGCGUACAGUUAUGAUGACUACAAGGAGACUGCAGAUUGGCUGCUGGCCCAUACAAACACGCAGCCUAAAGUAGCCAUCAUUUGUGGGUCGGGCUUAGGCAGCCUUGCUGACUUGCUGAAAGACAAAACAGUCUUCCCUUAUGAGGACAUCCCACGGUUCCCGACGAGCACUGUGGCAGGCCAUGCUGGUCAGCUGGUCUUUGGGAAGCUGCAGGGCCGGGAAUGUGUCUGCAUGCAGGGCCGAUUUCACUUCUAUGAAGGCUACAGCAUACAAACAGUGACGUACCCUGUGCGAGUCUUCUGCCUGCUGGGUGUGGAAAGCCUGAUUGUGACAAAUGCAGCAGGUGGUCUCAAUGGCAGCUACAAUGUGGGCGACAUUAUGGUCAUUAAGGAUCAUAUUAACCUGCCAGGUUUUUGUGGACAGAAUCCACUGGUUGGGCACAAUGAUGACAGUUUUGGAGUGCGUUUCCCUUGCAUGUCGGAUGCCUAUGACCGUGACCUGAGAGCUUUGGCCGUUCAGACAGCACAAGAACAAAACUGUGACAGCUUCCUGCAGGAAGGAGUUUACUGUAUGGUUGCUGGACCAGCAUAUGAGACCAUUGCAGAGUCCAACGUCCUGCAUAACCUUGGGGCUGAUGCCGUUGGUAUGAGCACAGUACCAGAGGUGGUGGUGGCUCGCCACUGUGGCUUGCGUGUCUUGGGUCUCUCGCUGAUCACUAAUAAGGUUGUGACAGAUUAUGACAGUAACGAGAAAGUAAACCACGAGGAGGUGUUAGCGACCACCCAGAUCCGGGCCCAGGACCUCCAGAGGCUUGUCAGACACCUUGUCACAAAGAUCUAACACCUUUGAUCAAAUUUGCUGGCACGAAAAGAGGAGCGUCCGGUCUUGUGUGAUAGUCUUGAGAUAAUCAUAUCCAGUUGUUCAGUUAGUGGCUAAUCCAAUUUUUUAAGGUAGGUAAAUUCUAAACAGCGAUGUAAAUAAGAAUCGGCAACACAAUACCCUAUAAAACACUUAAAAGUUGGCUUAUGGAAAUCAUCAUAUCUGAAUAUUUAGAUAUCACAAUAACAAUACAUUUACCAUUUGUUAGGGUCAUGGGUGAGCUGGAACCUACCAUCCCAGCUGACUUGGGGUGAGAAAUGAGGUACUGUACAUCCUGGACUAUAGACAACCAUUCACAUUCACAUGUAUGCACAAUUUAAGCUUGCCUUAAGCUUGCCUAACAGCCAUGUUUUUGGGAAGUGGGAGAAAGCCGGAGUACCCGCAGAAAACCUACAAGCAGAGAGAACACACAGACGUUUCAACACAGUUUCGAACCCUCAAUCUCUUGUUUAUGAGGCUGACAUAAACACUAGGACACCAUGCGACCCUGUAGUAUAUCCUUUGUAUAAAAUGACAGUAAUAUUUUGUCUUAUGUUCAGUACAGUAAAUCAAUAAAUACAUGGAUAUGAACUACAACAUGUAUGUAAUUUCAGCCACUUCCCUUCACCAAGGGACUGAGUCAAGAUCCAGCCGGAUCUGGUCCCAAGGCGCCACACGGUGGCUGCCCACUGCUCCUUAUGGAGUUUCAAAAAUAAAUUAUAAUUGUAAAAUGAAUGCAUAUAGUACAUGCAGGAAGUGCUCAGCGCCCAGUUUUAUUAGCAAUAAUAUAAAAGAUUUAUGUACUGUAUAUGUCAAUGUUUGUGUGAAACACCCUCUUUAUUGAAUAGAAUAGGGGUUGUCUUAGAAUAGGGGUUUGCCAUUUUUGGCUGUUUUAUUAUUGGCUCUCGCCAUAUUUUCAAAAUAAAACAAUUAAUGAGAUAUUAGAUCCAUCCAUCCAUCCAUUUUCUAUGCCGCUCAUCCUCACUAGGGUCGCGGUGUAUGCUGGAGCCUAACCCAGCUGACUUUAGGCGAGAGGCGGGGUACACCCUGGACUGGUCACCUAUGGACAAUUUAGAGUCUCCAAUUAACCUAACAUGCUUGUUUUUGGAAUGUGAGAGGAAACCGGAUUACCCGGAGAAAACCCACGCACGGGGAGAACAUGCAAACGCCACACAGAGAUACCCAAGCGGCGAUUCAAACCCAGGUCUUUCCGAUCUCCUGACUGUUUGGCCAACAUGCUAACCACUCAGCCACAGUGCGGCACGUGAUAUUAGAUAUUAGACUAAUUUGCUUUGUCACCUAUGACACAAACCUAAGAUAUAUUCAGAUGCUGAGCAUAUAGACCUACACUGGAUUGGUUUUCAAGGCAGAAAAUGUAUCAAAGUGGCCCCCCCGUACCCUGCAAUUUUUCUGUAUGCAGCUCUUGGUGCAAAAAGUCUGGACACACCUGUCUUAGAAUGUGUUUAACUUAUGAAAUAGUAGAGAAUAAUGUUGGCUUAGUAAAUCACUGGCACUGUCAUGUUUAAAUGUGUCUGUGUGGUGGGGAUUUGCUAUUGUCAUUGUUCGUGUACAAUUCUAUACAUUUAGCUACAUAUCAAAAGUUGUAUUUUUGUUCAUUGUAUGUUUAUUUUUUUAAAUAUGAUUACUGGCGAAAGCUUAAUGUAGUAAUCCUGAGUUGUCUUUUCGCAAUAAAGCAUAAAUCCAAA